AUGGCUGCAGUUGGGAAUGACCGUUAUUCCCAUUUUCACUCCCCCUAUGCACAGCGAACGUACAGCAACGUCCCCUGCUUCUGGGAAACACAACCCGUAGGCUGUGUGAGGUUCAACUGUGCCUUCCAUCAUAGCAAGCCUCGUAAUAUAAAUGGACUUUUUUUGCCACCUACCAACAGUGCCCCACUGCAACAGGGUGUCCAAGGAGGGAUUCUGCAUCCAGCGCAUCGUCAAGAAUUACUCAGAACUCAAAAGAAUAUUGUACUACCAAUUCAUCCUCCAGUGAUUAUAAACAUCAAUGACGAUGACGAUGAUGAAGAGGACGAUGAAGAGGAAGAGAAUUGUGUUCCUGAGUGGGUGCCUAGGACUGCUGCAGAUCUUGAAGAGGAAAGAGCAAUAAAGGAAAUAUGCUAUAAGUCUGGAGAGUAUUACGGGAUUCAGUACCCCCACAAACACCAAUCAACAAAAACUGUGUCUGCACCUCGGGAAAAUGAGCUAUUGCCCUUGGAAGCUACUGAGCAACACUUGCAGAAAGGUGAUGGUAAUGCAAUUCCUACAAAAUUGAAUAAUACAAAGAGAGAAGGACAGACUAAAGGAAGGAGAGGACCAACAGAGAGUAUUCCCAGAACAGAUUGCAGAUCCUCUGAAAACGGAGGUAAUAUACUUUAGCAUCAGCUUCUCAUUGCUGAACAUCACAUGGUCGAUAAAAUAACUGAUUGUAUUUGGAUUCGGCUUAGUAGCACAACAUUAUUGCUUAAGUUUGUUCUUUCACUUUUAGGAAUUCGCACUUCAGACCCCAAAGCCAAACCAAGGUACCGACCAAGGGGUCAAAGGAAGGAUGAUCAAACUGCUUCUUCUUAUAUUCCUUAUGAGAGAGAAACUGGAAGAAAGACUGACUUUAAUUCUUCAGAACCUCGAAGAUCAGCACUUGCAUUGUACCCUACUGUCACCAUCACCCAAGAACCAAAGUUCAACGGGUCUACAGGUGAUGGUAAUGCAAUUCCUACAAAAUUGAAUAAUACAAAGAGAGAAGGACAGACUAAAGGAAGGAGAGGACCAACAGAGAGUAUUCCCAGAACAGAUUGCAGAUCCUCUGAAAACGGAGGAAUUCGCACUUCAGACCCCAAAGCCAAACCAAGGUACCAACCAAGGGGUCAAAGGAAGGAUGAUCAAACUGCUUCUUCUUAUAUUCCUUAUGAGAGAGAAACUGGAAGAAAGACUGACUUUAAUUCUUCAGAACCUCGAAGAUCAGCAUAUGUAGUCUACCGUACUGUCACCGCCACCCAAGAACCAAAGUUCAGUGGAUCUACAGCAGUACCUGAGCCACGUGGUUGGAAAGGCUCCAAGCAAAAGAAUCAGUUUGACACUAAUAGAAGAUUUUGGACCCAAAUGGAAAACUAUGACAAGUAUACUUCAGGAUCUUACAAUGCACCAACUCAAAGGAAAAGAAAUCCACAUGCAAAAACGUUCUCUAAGUCUAAAACAACCAUUCAGAGCCAAGAAGACAUAGACGUGAAUAGAAGAGGAGAACGGUAUAUAGACAGAAGAAAGAGAGGAAGCAAGUAA